AGCCAGGGGAGACUCCAGCGGCAGCUCUCUUCCUCCUGGCCAGACGCUUCCACUUUCAGUUGCGAGAGAAAGAGCAGGAAGUGCAGUCCCCAAGCGAGCGAGCACGCUGGAGAGCCAGGCAUGGCCUAGCUCGGGGCAGGGCGGGCAGGGCAGACCUGGGGCGCUCUGAGCCGGGCCCUCUGCCUGCAUGGGUGCUCUGAGGCCACGCUGUCCCUGGAGGAGGCAGGGGUGAGGGGAGCAGGGCAGGGACUCAUGUGCCAGGAAGGACUCCGAGCCAGGAAGCCCCGUUUGCUGGAACCACCAAGAGAUGCGGCCCCCUUCACAGGGCCUGAAUUUCCUGCUGCUAUUCACAAAGAUGCUUUUCAUCUUUAACUUCUUGUUUUCCCCGCUUCCAACCCCGGCACUGAUCUGCCUCCUGACCUUCGGAGCUGCCAUCUUCCUGUGGCUGAUCAACAGACCUUACCCCGUCUUGCCUACUGUUGAUCUGGACAACCAGUCGGUGGGAAUUGAGGGAGGAGCACGGAGGAACGCUUACCAGAAGAACAAUGACCUGCUAAGCUACUACUUCUCAGAUGCCAAGACAUUGUAUGAAGUUUUCAAAAGAGGACUUGCUGUGUCUGACAAUGGGCCUUGCCUGGGAUACAGAAAACCAAACCAGCCUUACAGAUGGCUGUCCUACAAACAGGUGUCUGAUCGAGCAGAGUACCUGGGCUCCUGUCUCUUGCAUAAAGAAUAUAAGCCAUCACAAGACUCUUUCGUUGGCAUCUUUGCUCAGAACAGGCCAGAGUGGAUCAUCUCCGAGUUAGCUUGUUACACAUACUCCAUGGUGGCCGUCCCCCUGUAUGACACCUUGGGAGCAGAAGCCGUCAUAUACAUUAUCAAUAAGGCUGAUAUUGCUGCUGUGAUCUGUGAUACCCCCCAAAAGGCAUCGGUCCUGCUGGAAAAUGUGGAGAAGAGCCUCACUCCAGGCCUGAAACUGAUCAUCCUCAUGGACCCCUUUAACGAGGACCUGAAAGAAAGAGGGGAGAAGAGCGGAGUAGAGGUCUUAGCCUUGGCUGAUGCUGAGAACAUAGGCAAAGAGAAUUUCAGAAAACCCGUGCCUCCUGAACCAGAAGACCUGGGCAUCAUCUGCUUCACCAGUGGGACCACAGGCGACCCCAAAGGAGCCAUGCUAACCCACCAAAAUGUUGUUUCAAAUGCUGCUGCUUUUCUCAAAUGUGUGGAGGAUACUUUUGUGCCCACACCUGAAGAUGUGGCCAUAUCCUACCUCCCCUUGGCUCACAUGUUUGAGAGGGUUGUACAGACCGUCGCCUACUCUUGUGGAGCCAGAGUUGGAUUCUUCCAAGGAGAUAUUCGGCUGCUGCAGGAUGACAUGAAGGCUCUGAAGCCCACGUUGUUUCCCGUGGUUCCCCGCCUCCUUAACAGGGUCUACGAUAAGGUUCAAAAUGAAGCCAAGACACCCUUGAAGAAGUUCUUACUGAACUUGGCUAUCUCCUGUAAAUUCAGUGAAGUGAAAAGGGGUAUCAUCAGAAACAACAGUCUGUGGGACAAGCUCAUCUUUGCGAAGAUCCAGAACAACCUGGGCGGGAAGGUGCGCAUCAUGGUCACUGGAGCAGCUCCCAUCUCGGCUCCCGUCCUGACCUUCCUGCGGGCGGCACUGGGAUGUCCGGUGUUUGAAGCAUAUGGUCAAACAGAAUGCACUGCUGGCUGCACGUUUACAACCCCUGGGGACUGGAAACCAGGCCACGUCGGAGUCCCCCUGGCUUGCAACCACGUGAAGCUGGAAGAUGUGCCGGACAUGAACUACUUUUCAGUGAAUGGUGAAGGAGAGGUCUGCAUCAAGGGCACCAACGUGUUCAAAGGCUACCUGAAGGACCCCGUGAAGACGGAGGAAGCCCUGGACGAGGAUGGCUGGCUGCACACGGGAGACAUCGGGCGCUGGCUCCCGAAUGGAACUCUGAAGAUCAUCGACCGGAAAAAGAACAUUUUCAAGCUGGCCCAAGGAGAAUACAUUGCUCCAGAGAAGAUAGAAAAUAUCUACAUCAGGAGUAGGCCGGUGCUGCAAGUGUUCGUACACGGGGAAAGCUUACGGUCAUCCUUAGUAGCGGUGGUGGUUCCCGACACAGACUCGCUCCCCUCAUUUGCGGCCAAACUUGGGGUUAAGGGCUCCUUUGAAGAACUGUGCCAAAACCAGGCCAUCAAGGAAGCCAUUUUGCAAGACAUGCUGAAACUUGGGAAAGAGGGUGGCCUUAAGUCCUUCGAACAGGUCAAGAGCAUCUAUCUCCAUUCAGAGCCAUUUUCCAUUGAAAAUGGGCUCUUGACACCAACACUGAAAGCAAAGCGGGCAGAGCUUUCCAAGCAUUUCCAGACCCAAAUCAACAGCCUGUACGAGGCCAUCCAGGAGUAGAUCAGGGCUACUACUGGCGACUAAAUCUGUUCCCUAGAGUCCGCUGUGGGGGCAGGAGUUGAGACACUGUCGAGUGCACUUUCCAGUAAAUGCAGCGAAGCACUGAGCAAGAUCCCCCCGAGCUGGGAGCGAAGGCCAGUGGGGAAGCCGGGCCCGGCACAACAGCCUCGUCUCCCGUGAGCGCCAGUUCCGGCUCCAGUUUACCCCCGACAACACGUGUUGCUUCCACUUGUAAAUCUUUAAAGUCCUUAAAAUAAUAAACUAUUGCAGAUAUGUA